UAUCACAGCAACAUGAAGCUAUAGUACUUAAUUACUUCCACCUGUUGAUUUCAGAUAAAAGCUUCUAGUUCCUAUCUGUCUGGGGUAGUUACUUCAACAUGAAGCUUUUCGUUCUGUUGCUAGUGUGUGUUUAUGCUCCUCUAUCUUUUUCCAUGGCUUCGGCUGCUAUCGUGGAGCACACUUUCACUGUUCAAAACAAGAGUGUCAUACGCUUGUGCAAUGAGCAAGUGAUUGUCACGGUUAAUGGCCAAUACCCUGGACCAACCAUAAAUGUCAUCGACGGUGACACCGUCAUUGUUCACGUAGUCAACAAGUCACCUUACAAUAUCACCAUUCAUUGGCAUGGAGUGACCCAACUCUACAGUGCAUGGGCAGAUGGUCCGGAAUAUAUAACUCAAUGCCCAAUUAUUCCUGGCAAAAAUUAUACAUACAAAUUCAAGGUGACAAAACAAGAAGGAACUCUAUGGUGGCAUGCUCAUGCUAAUUUGUUACGUGCCACAGUUCAUGGUGCUUUUAUCAUUCACCCUCGUUCGGGUCGAUUUCCAUUUCCUACACCCUACAAGCAAGUACCAAUAAUACUAGGUGAUUGGUAUGAGGGAGAUGUUGAGGAUAUUCUCAGCAAAGAACUUGCCACAGGAGAUAAAAUUCCAUCUACUGGUUUCACCAUCAAUGGUUUACCCGGUGAUCUCUUCAAUUGUUCACAAAUUCAGAUAUAUGAGCUUAAGGUGAAACAUGGAGAGACUUACUUGCUGCGAAUGGUCAACACUGCGCUCAAUAACAACCUUUUCUUCAAGAUAGCCCAUCACAACUUGACAGUUGUUGCUAUGGAUGCCGCAUACACCGAACAUUAUGUCACCGACAUCGUCAUCCUCGCCGCCGGCCAAAGUGCUGAUGUGCUUUUCACCGCGGACCAACCUAGAGGCUCAUACUACAUGGCUGCGCAUCCUUUUGUCAUUGGUGAGCUAGAGAAUCUCAUCGAUAAAACGACAACUAAUGCCAUCGUUUCUUAUGACGGUUACGAAGCAUCAUCAGAUUCAGAGCCCUUGAUGCCACUAAUGCCACUGCAUACUGACGUAGCAAUAGCUACAAAGUUCUUCACUAGCAUCCGGGGCAAUGUGAAGGCCCCAUACUGGAUUCCUGUCCCACUUGAGGUAGAUGAGGAAAUGUUCAUCACUGUUAACAUGAACAUGCUAAGGUGCCCCGUUAAUGAAAAUUGUACAGGUCCACUCAAUCAAAAGUUCUCUGCAAGCUUGAACAAUGAGUCUUUUGUGCUUCCAGAAGGGAGAGGGUACUCUAUACUGGAGGCAUUCUACCACAAUGUGAGUGGCGUGUACACUGACGAUUUCCCUGAUUACCCUCCGAAUCCUUUUAAUUUCGUGAAUCCCAAAAUCUUUUUGGAUCCGAACGUCACAUUUGCGCAUAAAUCAACCAAGGUGAAGAGGUUCAAGUACAAUUCAACUGUGGAAAUCGUGUUUCAAAACACAGCAGUUUUGAAUGCUCAGAGUCAUCCAAUGCACAUUCACGGCUACAAUUUCCAUGUGUUGGCUCAAGAUUUUGGGAUUUACAAUCCCAUAUUGGACAAAGCCAAGUACAAUUUAGUGAAUCCUCAAAUAAGCACCACGGUUCCUGUACCUCCUGGAGGAUGGGCUGCAAUCAGAUUUCAAGCAAACAAUCCAGGGGCAUGGUUUGUGCAUUGCCAUGUGGAUGAUCAUAACGUUUGGGGACUAACCACAGUUUUUUUAGUUGAGAAUGGACCAACUCCUUCAACUUCUCUUCUCCCACCACCUGCUGAUCUACCUAAAUGUUAAACUAUGUAAGUUAGAAUGAAGUUGUGCAUUCUUUAAGUCCAUACCAAUGCCUAUAUCCUUCCUUUGUUUUGUCAAGAUUUAUCUUAAUCAGUCACUGUAAGCAAUAGAAUAAGAGUCUUAAUUCAGAAAAGCUAGGAAGAUUGUUGAAACCAAAAAAGAUUGUUCAAACUAUCCCACAAUGGAUAGUUGUAAGGCACAACAAUGGUGUAUAAGGUUGGGUGUUAUGAGUCUAAUUGCCUUAAGGCCUUUUGGACAACAACACCUCCAAGUGUAUUUUUGAUCCAGACUUCCAUGUCCAAUAAGUAAAGUUUAAUUUUAAUGUGA